AUGGCUGAGCAGCAGCAGAACGGCGAGGAUGGGGGCUGGCUGUCGGGCGCCUGGAGCCUGGGCCAAUCCAUUUACAAUGCUGCGGCCAACACGGUCAACAGCGUGAUGGGGUAUGAUGAUCUGGACGUUGUCGACCCCACGGCCGGCGAGGCCACAUCGGGCAAGGAGGCUGCUAUCAGCGAGGAGCGUGCCAAGGCCUUCAGCAGCUACCGCGACUAUCUGGGCAAGGACAUCACCUCCCUGGUCAUCCUGCCCGUCUGGAUCAUGCAGCCCUUCACCAUGCUGCAGUGCAUGGGUGAGCUGAUGGAGUACACAGACCUGCUGGAUAAGGCGGCAGUGACCGAGGACCCUUACGAGCGGCUGGCGUGGGUGGUGGGUUUCACGAUGGGACCCUUUGGCACCAUCGAGCGCCCCUGGAAGCCCUUCAACCCCAUCCUGGGGGAGACGUUUGAGUAUGGCAAGCCCGACAGGGGCAUGAAGUACAUAGCGGAGCAGGUCAGCCACCACCCGCCCGUGGGCGCGGGUCACGGCGAGACGGAGCUGUGGACCUAUGACAUUGUGUCGGCUCCCAAGACGAAGUUUCUGGGCAACAGCGUGGAGGUGUACCCCAUCGGGCGCACCCGCAUCCGGCUCAAGCCCACAGGCGAGUGCGCGGAGAAGCCCGCAGACGACCCGUACGGCUUCACCCACUUUGCCCACACCCUCAACAGCUGCGAGGGCGGCAUCAACCCGCUACCCUCCGACUCCCGCCGCCGCCCCGACCGCGCGCUGCUGGAGCUGGGCAACUCGUCAGACUCUGCUGUGGCCAAGUACAACCUGGAGGAGAUGCAGCGGGCGGAGCGCAAGGAGCGGGAGAAGCGCGGCGAGAAGUGGCAGCCGCGCUGGUUCAAGCCGCUGCCCGAGGACGCAGGCGCGCUGCGGCGCUGGGGGGGCGGCCCAGUGCUGCCGGGCGAGUACAGCAACGAGGAGUGCCCCCAGUUUGAGUUCACCGGAGAGUACCUGAAGCUAGAGCAGCGGCCGCCCUCCGCAUCGGAAGAGGAGGUGCAAGGAGAAGGGUUUGUGCCCUGGUCCUAUCCCGAUAUACAUGCCAAGCUUGGGAAGGAGGCGGAGCGCUGA